AGCCGUCAGUCUCUCUUCACAUUUGUUGCCUUGCCAGACAAAUCGGGUGGACCCUUAAAAAAUCUAACUUUGCCUUAACAUUAGCCGCAGUGCCUUGCGUGAAAGGUGUGAAAUUUUUAUUUCUGUGAAUCGUGAUUAAAAAGGACAUUUUAGAAAAAUGAGGGAAUGCAUCUCGGUUCACAUCGGCCAGGCCGGAGUCCAGAUCGGCAACGCCUGCUGGGAGCUGUACUGCCUGGAGCACGGCAUCCAACCGGAUGGCCAGAUGCCCUCGGACAAAACCAUCGGCGGCGGCGAUGACAGCUUCAACACCUUCUUCAGCGAGACCGGAUCGGGCAAGCACGUGCCGCGGGCCGUCUUUGUCGACCUGGAGCCGACGGUUGUGGAUGAGGUUCGCACCGGAACCUACCGCCAGCUGUUCCACCCGGAGCAGUUGAUCACCGGCAAGGAGGAUGCGGCCAACAAUUACGCCCGUGGCCACUACACCAUCGGCAAGGAAAUCGUCGACGUCGUGCUGGACCGCAUCCGCAAGCUGGCUGACCAGUGCACCGGUCUGCAGGGCUUCCUGGUGUUCCACUCGUUUGGCGGCGGCACCGGAAGUGGCUUCACCUCCCUGCUGAUGGAGCGGCUGUCCGUUGAUUACGGCAAAAAGUCCAAGCUGGAGUUUUCGAUCUAUCCGGCGCCGCAGGUCUCGACAGCUGUCGUGGAGCCGUACAACUCGAUUCUGACCACCCACACCACGCUGGAGCACUCAGACUGUGCCUUCAUGGUCGACAACGAGGCGAUUUACGACAUUUGCCGGCGCAACCUGGACAUCGAUCGGCCCUCGUACACCAACCUGAACCGCCUGAUUGGCCAGAUCGUGUCGUCCAUCACGGCCUCGCUGCGAUUCGACGGCGCCCUCAACGUGGACUUGACCGAGUUCCAAACCAAUCUGGUGCCCUACCCGCGGAUUCACUUCCCCCUCGCCACCUACGCCCCUGUCAUUUCCGCCGAAAAGGCCUACCACGAGCAGCUGACGGUGGCGGAAAUUACCAACGCCUGCUUCGAGCCAGCGAAUCAGAUGGUCAAGUGUGACCCGCGGCAUGGAAAAUACAUGGCCUGCUGUAUGCUUUAUCGGGGUGACGUUGUUCCGAAGGAUGUGAACGCGGCGAUUGCUACGAUCAAGACGAAGCGGUCGAUCCAGUUUGUGGACUGGUGUCCGACUGGGUUCAAGGUGGGAAUUAACUACCAACCGCCGACGGUCGUUCCGGGAGGCGAUCUGGCCAAGGUGCAGCGCGCCGUUUGCAUGUUGUCGAACACGACGGCCAUUGCCGAGGCGUGGGCCCGGUUGGAUCACAAGUUUGAUCUGAUGUACGCCAAGAGGGCCUUUGUCCACUGGUACGUCGGCGAGGGCAUGGAGGAGGGUGAAUUCUCCGAGGCGCGUGAGGAUUUGGCCGCCCUCGAGAAGGAUUACGAGGAGGUUGGCGUCGAUUCGACGGAGGAGGUCGGCGAAGGCGACGAGUACUAAGACCGGAACCCUGCGCGCACGCAUUUACAGCACAAACUCACUAAACUGCGCACAACAACUGUCCUUGCUGAAAAUUAUUCGUGACAAAUCGAAUUAACAUUAAUGCGAUUUAACAACACGAACAGUCAAACGGAACGGAACUACAAUUGAGAGAGCGAAAAAAUAUGGAAACAAUCGAAUCUGAAAAUUGAGCUGAGAUACUGCCUACUUUACUCGAACAUGUUUUUUAGAACCUAGAAUCUGCACUCUGUUUCACGAUGGAGAUGAUUGUUUUACAACAAAAAAAUGUCUCACCCAAACUGUACUAAUUCAUUUUACAAGAAAAAAUGCACGUGAUCAUCAUUAGUAAGAAC